UCGAGAACAUCGAGUGCUUCAGAGAGAUGUCAAGAUUCGUUGUUCUAUUGUUCGUCACCUUGGCGGUGUUGUACACCGCCGCAUACGCUAAGAAACUCGUCUGUGACAUGCCAAACGAGGAAUACCAUUGUGGAAGCGCCUGUCAAACCACUUGUGCCACCCUGGGCCAACCUUGUCCGAUCAAAAAUAUCAGAUGUAACGACGCCUGCUAUUGCAAGAGUGGCUACGCCAGGAACCGCAGAGGCAUUUGCAUUCCCGUACAAAAUUGUUCCAAGAGACGUCACGCUGUCCCAUUGCUGCGUCUCGACUCCAUCCUUUACUAAUAUUUCCCAGCGUAAUUGCUCUGCGAACUUACAUAACUAUCAUCUCUACUCUCGAAUCUCGUAAGAACGUAGAUAACAAAGCGCUGACAUUCUUCCGACACGUUCCAAACGCACACGCCUGUAUCGCUCUGGUACGCAGUUCGAUUCGCAAUAAAACUCGGAUUGCGCCAUCGCGUAGAUGGAAAAUAUUCGCUGACAGUCUAUUAAACGUUUAUUUAUUC